AUGUGUUCAACCACCCAACAUUCCUGGUUGCGAUCGAGAAUGCUUGAGUUGCGAUUCGGGUGGUUGUUCCUGACGAAAUGUGUUCAACCACCCAACAUUCCUGGUUGCGAUCGGGAAUGCUUGAGUUGCGAUUCGGGUGGAUGUUUACACAUUUUUUCAUUAAUAUCUAUCACUUCUGAUUGUAAUUGGGAGCUUAAGGAAAAAAAGUCAAAAUCGAUUGAUAACUUCUGGAAGACGGCUACGUUAGCGCAAGAGAAGAAAGUGGCAAAUGAAAUCGAACGUUCAGUUUUGUUGGAUGAACUCGCUACAUCCGCUGUACACUCAACCCUUCAACGUGAUAGGCAAGAAAGUUUGGUUCGAGAAAAAGUUACAAGACGAUUAGAGAGUAUAGAUGAUGAUCGCACGUACAAGCGUCACAGGUCACAGUCUCCGAACAUUGAGGUAGUUGAAUGGCCAGCUUUUAAUAUGAAAUUUACUUCUUACCUUUCCCAUCUUCGACGUGUUUAUCAGAAUAAUCAAAAAGAAAAUAGCACGGAAGCGAUUAAUAAUGAACAAAAUUUAGGUGAAAAGCGAGUUGGGGAAGAACUCGUGAAACAGUAUGAUUUGAGAGAACGACAAGAAAUCAACUAUGCCGAAAUUUCAAGCUCAGACAUUGAUCCACAUCAUCUUCAAGCAUUUGACCCUCUGCGAAACAAUCCGGAUUCUUCUGUUAUUUCGUUAAACAGGCCAAUCAUAACGGAAGUAACAUAUAACCUGAUUUCUACACAUAUAAUUUGCGCAUUUAGCUUAACAUUACAUUUAGUCAGAGAAACCGUCGAUGAAAGUUUAUUUGAGAAGAUCGAAAAGCUUCUUAGAAUGAGAAAUAAAUUGAUAUUAGACAAAUCGAUAACCUCGAAAUUGGAGGCAAUUUUUCAAACGGACUAUGCGGAAAUUAGUUCGAAGAUAAUAACCGAAACUGAGGUUGAAAAAAAUAUGAAAGCGAGCGAGGAAUCACGGUUUCUCUUUUUUAUCCGGCACACCCUCCUAGAUUUCACCGCGAUGUAUGAAUAUAUGUCGCCUAAAGUGUUAGCUCGAGAUAUGUCAGAAAGGUCGUAUAUUGUAGAAUGCCUUUCACCCAUACUUCGAUCUUUUAGGAAUGCAUUUCCUGAAAUUAGAUACGAGUGGAUUGAAAAGGAUGUCAAAUCCAUAAGGGAUGCUCGCAAUAUGUUCGCAAUUAACAUAAGGACUCGGAAAACUGAUUUGUUAGUUCUGAGACUAUCAGACGCAACUGAAAUUUUACACGUUGAAGUAUCUGGACCACCUUACAAACCGGAAAAGAAACAUACAGUUGGAGACGCAAAAAAAUUACUCAUGAUGGCU